AUGAUUUUUCUUAAUCUUAUCAUUCUGACUAUUCUUAUAAAAGACGUUCAAUCUUCAACAGCGGUGACAACAUAUGAUAAUCAAUGCUUAAAUUGCUUAAUAAACAACAAUGAAUUUUGUGUUGCUUCAGCUUCUACUUACUAUACAACUGGAAAAUGCUGCAAUAAUAUGAUAUCUGAUGUUGACUAUUGUAAUGUAGCAGCCACAGUAUGUACCUUUUCUCAGACAACAGCAGGAGCCAAGUACAAUAAAUGCAGUUUAUCCUCUGCUUGUGGUGGUACAACUAGUUUCUUCAUAGUAAAAGGUUCAGUGUCUGAAAAGAAAAUAUAGAUUAAAGCAUCGGGAAUAUGCUAAUUCUUGGUUUACUUUGUACUUUCAGACCCAACGACAGAUUUCAAAUAUUAUGACUAGCCCUCGUAUGCUUAAUAAAUUACGGGAGGGUAGGAUCUUAGUGGGCUUACAGGUUCGUUUGUAAUUAGUAGAGACACUACUACUUACCCAGCAGAGACGAGAUACUUUAAUUUUAACUCAGUUGGAACAUAUAAUAACUUGACUGAGGGAGAUGCCAACUCUGUCUAAUACGGAGUGGCUUAUAACUUUAUGGUUGCUGCUUCAGGGCCAGUUGUUUUCUCUUUAAAACUAGGCUAUAGUAGUAAUACAAUUAAUGCUGUUGCUUUGUAAAUUAAGUUAAUGGCAAUCCUGAUUAUAUUGGUGAUAACCUCAAUAAUUUCUUGA